AUGGUCCGCUUCACUGGCGGCCUGCUACUGUUCACGGCUUGGGCAGCAGCAGCGCCUGCGGAAACUCCUUCACAGCAUGAUCAAACACAGAAGGUCUUAGCAAAGCCGUCCAAGCCGCAGCCUUCUCUACGGCCGCUGCAGGGGAAGUUCCUUCAUAUAACAGACAUUCAUCCCGACCCAUUUUACCUAGAGCAUUCCGACCCUGGCGAGGUGUGUCAUCGAGGCAAAGGCGAUGCGGGAUACUAUGGCGCAGAAGUAACAAGUUGCGACACACCAUUUACACUGGUAAACGCGACGUUUCGGUGGAUCAAAGAGCACUUGAAGGAUCAAGUCGAUUUCGUGAUUUGGACGGGGGAUUCGGCGCGACAUGACAACGACGAUAAUAUCCCUCGAAACGACAAGUCCGUCAUCCAACUGAAUCAGUUUAUUGUGGACAAGUUCGUGGAGGUGUUUGGCAAGACCGAUAACGUCGAUGACCCAGACCCGACCAAUGAUUUUGUUGUCCCAAUUAUCCCUACCUUUGGAAACAACGACAUACUCCCACACAACAUUUUUCUGCCUGGUCCGAACAAAUGGACGCGAUCAUACAGCGAGAUAUGGGAAAAGUUCGUCCCUCAGGCGCAGCGGCACUCAUUCGCAAGAGGAGGAUGGUUCUUCACAGAAGUCAUACCCAACAAGCUGGCCGUCUUUAGUCUCAACACCUUGUACUUUUUCGACUCCAAUUCGGCUGUCGACGGCUGUGACUCGAAAAGCGACCCAGGUUACGAGCAUAUGGAAUGGCUGCGGGUCCAGUUGCAAUUUUUGAGGCAACGGGGCAUGAAAGCUAUAUUGAUAGGCCAUGUUCCCCCGGCAAGAACCGAGAGCAAACAGAGCUGGGACGAAAGUUGCUAUCAGAAGUAUACCUUGUGGCUGCGGCAGUAUCGGGACGUGAUUAUCUCAUCCAUGUUUGGACAUAUGAAUGUGGAUCAUUUCAUGUUUCAAGACGCCAAGGACUUGAUUUACAAAUUCAAAAUUGAGGGCGUCGAUGAUGAAUUCGAACGCACGAACGCAGAUUUAUCCGACUCAAACAAUGACACGUUCACCAUCUCUGCAAAAAGUCAAUAUUUGAAGGAAUUGCGGAAUAAGUGGUCCAAUCUACCUACACCCCCUCCCGGGCAUUCAUAUCUUACGCCUGAGGGAGUCGACUCUUCCGAGCUCGUUGAGAUCGAAAAGAAGAAGAAGAAGGAGGGCAAGAAGAAGAAAGGUGGCAAAAAGAAACAAACCGAGCAAUUCCUCAAGGAUAUUGGAGGACCAUGGGGAGAGAGAUUCAGCGUCAGUUUGGACUCACCCAGCGUCGUGCCCAACUUCUUUCCCACACUACGAAUUUUCGAAUACAACAUCACGGGAAUGGAACACGAUCAUCCGGCUUUUAGUCCGACAGGGAUUCCGGGAGAAGCGUCCGAAGUAGAACUCGAGCCAUACCCUGAUGGUGAAGACGCUCUUAUUGAUGUGGCCGACCGCGAUGACGACCGUGACUUCGAUCUUGAUCACUUCGAAGACGAUUCAGACGACUUGCACGACCUCAAGAAGAAAAGGAAAAAGGGCAAGAAAAAGAAGAAGAAGAAUCGCAAGAAGAAGCCCAAGUUUCCUGUUCCUAAACCUCCUUCCGCCACAUCGCCGCCAGGCCCAGGCUACUCCCCUCAGCCGCUGUCUCUGAUAUCUUACACGCAAUACUAUGCCAAUCUAACCGAGAUUCACCAACGAAUGCAUCAGGACAAGACACUGAAAAGAGACCCCUACAAGUAUUUCCACUACGAAUUUCUCUACAACACCAAAAAUGAUAGUUAUUACCACAUGCCAGAUCUGACUGUGCGGUCAUAUCUGGAUCUUGCGGAGAGGAUAGGAAGGGACACGCUUCCUCGCGCUGACCAGCCGCAGUCUGAGUCCGAUAUUGCGGAGCAAUCGGAUAUAAAAGCUUCUCGGAAUGGAAAUGGUAAGAAGGAAAAGAAGCAGAAGAAGAUAAAAAAUCACCUCUGGAAGGUUUUUGUUAAGCGGGCUUUUGUCUACACUAAGCCGGACGAGGAGAUUGAUCAAGAUUUUGGAGAUUGA